AUGAUCGACAACCUACCACAUGAAGGUCUCUUGGCCGAUUUAUUUCGUUAUGUCGGAUUACUAGCACCACCUUAUUCCAGCUCUCCAUCAUGUGUACCACCAACACUUAGUUCAUAUGCAUUUAUCAUAUCUCUUCUUUUUCAAUCUGCAUUACUUCAUCCAUCUUUCAAAUCAAACUCCGAAGCUCGUUUGGCAAGAUUUUCUCUUAUGAUUCCAAAUCUCUAUUGGAGUCUUCGGUUCCCUUUUCGAAACUGCUACGCUCCUUUAGCGUCCAAAGGUUCUGCUAAUAUGACUUUGGCUGCUGUAGCAGCUUAUUUCUCUAUGAAAUCUAUUGAAUGGGGAUGUACAUCUGGUCCUUAUCAUUCAAGAGAUCUGAAGAAUAUCAAUGGGGUCAAACAAUGGACAUCAAGCGAAGCUGACUCAAAAGGCGCUCAAAAAAAUCAAGCUCAUAUUGAAGAAAAGGGGCUGAUGAGUUGGACAAUUUCUCAUUUCCUUUCAUUGCGCGGGCAUGAAUUCAGCUGGGGACCAGAUGCAUUAGCAAACCAGUUGUCACCAAGCCAGCUUUUUGUCAAAAUCAUAAAGUUUCAUUUCAUCAUGAGACCAGCUUUAGCUUUGGUAAUCCUCGCACGCGAUUCUAAGGAUCAAAGUCUUAAACCAUCAGUUCUUUCAUCAGGCAUACCUGAUUUCCCAGGUCUAGGUUUAAUCCUUACAUCUCUCUUGAACCUCAGCUUUGGGUUACUCGGAUACGGGUGUCUCGAGCUAGCAGGAUCAUGUAUAACACUUUUUGCAUACGCCAUUUACAAUCUCAGCCAAGCUUUGAGGUUACCAAAUUCCUUUAGAGAGUUCUUCAAUCCUGAACUAUACCCGCCAAUCAAUCGACCAGUUUUUCAAUCUACCAGUCUUUCUCAUUUCUGGGGAAAAGCUUGGCAUCAAAAUUUACGUCGAUGUUUUUUAGUAUGUGGUGGUAAACCCGCUCGUUGGCUGGCUGCUCAGUUAGGAUUGGGUCCGAAUUCGAUAAAGACUUUUGGCCUCUUUGGAGCUUUCGCAGCGAGUGCUGCACUUCAUGAAUACUGUGACGUCAUCCUCUAG